GAAUUCGACGAACGCGUCGCUGACUGGUGCGUCUGCCAUGACGGCCACGGCCUACCCUUCCAGCGUCACGCUCACGCAGUACCAGCCCAUGAUCAACUCCUACCAGCAGACGUCGUCGUCAGCGACGGUGUACGGUGGCAGCGCGCUAUACACGGCCGCGCCCUACACCGCCUACCAACCCACGCCGCAGCCCAAGAUACAGAACAAAGAGACUGCACAGUAUGAUAAUUCAGUAGCUUCUAGCAACAGUUUAACGAGCACGUCCACGGGCUACGCGGCGGGCGCGCUGUACUCGGCCGGCGGCAGCACGGCCUACGCCUACGACGAGGCGCAGCUCAUGCGUUCCACGCUGCCACACCACAUGGGCGGGUAUUACGAAGUGGGAUACGGCGUCGGUGGUGUGGGGGGAGUCGGGGGCGUCGGCGGAGUCGGCGGCGUGGGGGGUGCGCGCGAAGGUGGCUUCGGACUCGGCGCGGGCGAGCGAUUCGGGCGCGCAGACGCAGCCUCGCCGCAGCAAGUGCCGGCAGCGCUACCACCCGGCUAUGCUUACUUCUACCAACCACCCCCCACCACGUACCAAUACAGCGUCUAUCCUACGUACGGUGGCGGAUCCAAUGUCGGCGGCGUGGGCGGAGUGUCCGGCGGAGUGUCGGGAGGGGGCAAGCUCGGCACGUACGCGCCGCAGCAGCCGCCUUACGACGCGCAGGACUCCUACAAGCCAGGUGGUCCGUACACGGGCAACGCGAGCAAAUCGGCGGGCGGCGCGGCCGCGGACAUCACCACAGCCAUGUACGCGAAAACGCACGUCGCGCUUAACAAGGUCAACAGCUACGAGAAGGCGGCGUUCCACAGCGGCACCCCGCCACCGUUCGGCGCUACCAGCCACAUGUACAUCCCCGCACCGCCACACCACCACCCGCAGCACCAGCAGCACCAUCACCACGCACCGCAGCAGCAUCAGAUGGAUGUACGGGUGAACAGUAGUCAUAAUAGGCGGGGCGAGAGCGGGUCCGGUGGCUCGCGCUCCUCAGCGGCCAAACCGGCAGCCAGCAAGGCCAACUACAACCAGUCUUACUGGACCCCUAACUAGCUGCCUAAACGGCACCCAACAACAGUCGCCAGACACAUGUACAUAGAACGGCGCUACGCCCCCUCAAUAUCAGUCAAUUGUCGACUCGGACCAGCCGCGCUGGCGCCGCGACGGUCCCCACCGGGUGAAAUUUCGUCAUCAUCAAAAGACUGAAGACCAGAAGGCACUUGAAGACUUCCCUUCAUCAUAACGUCAUCAUUUGUAAAGUUCCACUUAGCAUUCCUUGUCCAUUAUAAUUAACACUCAAGUUUAUUAAUAAUUUAAAAACAAACGUAGCAAAAGUAUAAGGGGACACAGUGAGCAAGUUUUGAUGUCUAUAAUAUAAUAUGAACAUUGGAAACGGUGGAUACAAUCGAUUUAAUAUGUAUUUGCAUGCUUACCUAAUUAUUCCGACGUUUCGGCUUAGUGGUACUGGCCGUGGUCACGGGCUGACUCUAGUCUAGAUUUUAUCGCAUUUAUCCCCGUUUCCAAUGUUAAUAUGAUACAAACGCGAUUUUUUAAAACCAUAGAAAGUAAUGUACUGGCCUAUAACAGUGGUUCGAUCGCAUUUCAGUUGUGACGAUCGAACAUUUUUGGCAAAUAUUUGGUAUUUAAAUUCGAUGCAAAGCUUUUUUAUUCCCUAUGCAAUAUGAGCGCGGUUAACUAUAAAUUUAAACUAAAUAAAUUUGUACGGGGAACCAAGUUAUUUUUCUCGAAUUUAAAACCAACUGUUUUGCUUUGGUAGAACUUUUUUUAUUACUUCUUCUAUAGGCAACGUUUCAUAGCUCUCGUGUGGGAGCACCACUAAAAAAUAAGAUAGUGUAGGCAACCCUUCGUUGGGACAUUCUUACUGUAAGCUUGAAUGUCAUAAGUACACUCUUUGAUUGUUUACUUACUGGCAAUUGGUCGAUAGUUUAACCCCAUCACUAACUAAAUCGACGAACUAUCGUGACCUCGAAAAUCACUUCUAUAUUAUUGGUAUUGUUGACCGAGUAGCAACCUGGAAUAUUUGGUAACGGUGUCGAUAUUAUGGAUAAUGUGUCAAGUUUUCAAGGUUAACAUUGCCACAUCACAGUAGGUCCUUAUGUCGAUCAAGCGUUGAACAGUGAAUGAACUAGGGUUUCUUUUAUCGUUAGUUACAUGAGCUCUCGUUACGCUGGUCUAUUGUUCAUAGAACUAAUGGGUAAAAUACGAGUCACUAGUUACUCCACUGGUUCAAAACUGUGAAUAACCUUCCAUUUUCGUAGACAAUGUGUAUAGUUCUCGCGUUCGUUGCUGGAUCAUGAUAUUAAAAACCUUCUAAGAUAGGUGUUCCCUCUGCACUCCAGGUUUGCACCAGUGGUGGUACGAUAAUAUAAUAUUGAUACAGCUUAGUAAUACCCAUUGAUAAGGUCUACUAAAUUAAAACAAUUUUGCUGUCGUAUUGCCAGUGGUAUUAUCCAGUAGUACAACGCGAAACGCACCUCAUUGGUCGAAUUGUAAUUAUGCUUUUUCAUUGGUGGAUUAGAUAAGUAAAAAAGUCGGUUGAUUCUGUUUUUGACCGUAUCACGUGAACAUUUUUAACGAAUUGUUUUUAUGGCUUUUGCAAUGUAGUUAAAAUAAUACUCCAUUUAACGGCAUAUACGUUCAUUAACACGCAGUCAUUUUUUAACGUUUCGCUUUAAAGUUCAAGUGACGCGGCUAGUGUUUCGUACCAGAAAUGAUAGUAACGAAAAGGAAGUGUUUGUCCGUCUGUCAGUCAGUCUAUUGCAGCUUAUUUAUAAAACAUACGCAACAAGCUGGAAUAAGCAAUAAUUUGAUAAAUGAUUAUUUCACUCGGGAUUUUACUUUUUGAUAACCAACGUUAUUUUAAUUGCUAUAAUAUACUAUACGACAUAACGCUUGGACGUACACUGUCAAUAUAAAAAGUGCGUCGUUUAGUGCUAAGUUCGGAGUGUGUUUGACCUUUUCAUAUUGGCAGUAUUAGUUAAGUAAGCGUAGUACGUCGAGCGAAUUUGUUUAGUGGCCACAUGGCCGGCUCACUCGUAUAGUCGUGAUGCAUGAAUGAGUGGGCCGGCCACAUUUUUCGUGUAUUCGGCAUUCACAGCACGCGUACUCCUCGAAUGCUCGAAGCAUUCUCAGUUACCCAAAAGCAACGAUCAUUAAAUAAUAUUUAAAAAUUUCGGAUGUUGCUCAGGGACCCUAGGCUUAAUAUAUGUUACGUACAUAUGUGUAAUCUGGGCGAUGUUACAACGAAUUAUACGGAUCUAAUUGCAGAGUGUUGUCCUUUUUAAAUGCUCCUCAUACAACGCGACUUUUCGUAUUAAGCAAUUAUGUAGUGUCGUGUGAGCAUUCGGAAAAGAUUGUACUUAUUCACGUGAUAUUCUAUCCCCCGUUGGAGCAGCGCCCCCCAUUUAACGAUAUAUUUGAAACAAACUGAAAUACAUACACAAGUCUUAGUGUACCUAUUUUAAUUAGUAACUGAUUAUUGUAUAAUAAAAUGAAGAAAUUGAACAGGAAAAACUGUUAAAUAAUGACUUUUUUUUUAAAUUCCUAGUGUAUCGCGAACCGCGGCGGCGGCGUGGAGAUUUUUUACUAAAACAAAAUAAAAAUCAUAGUAAAAAUCGAGAUUAAGCUUAGUAUUAAAACAUUUUGUCCUAAAGAAGGUUGUUGUACCGAGUUUAAGUUAUCGCUCCGCGACCGACGCUGCAUUUCUCAUUGUUUAAGAUAUCGUUAGUUUAAAAAAUUAAUGUAGUGCUAUGUAUAUCGUAACGUUUUUUAUAUAAAUAAUAAUGAAAUAUGUAUUUGUAAAAAAUUAUAUUAAGAAAGUGUUUGGUACGCUAUGCGCGCCGGAUCUUUUUGUAUUUAGUUGACAGACUUUGUAAUUACAUUAUUAUAAUUGAAAAUAAAAAGUCUAGGAUCGUAGUAUUGUAAACAAUACCUUGAGGUCUUUUUUUAUGUGAAAGAAUGCUGAUCUCGGGCAAUUUCAAA